AUACGACAACACUACGAAAGCUUCUUCCUUUGGCAUCAAAAUAAAUAUUAGCAACCUUUGACUGAAAGUACAAUGUCAUUUGUGUAUCGAAGAAAUAGGACGGUUCAAUAAGUAAACUACUUCAGUUUAAAAUACUUAAUUCUGGUGCCAGUUGAAGUGAUUCGUAUGAAAAGUGCUCUGAUCCCAUUUCUUAUUUUCAAAAUGUUAACACCUUCUUGAUCAAGGAUCCACGUACUAAACUGGAUCCAAAUAUUCCAUUCAAACAUCAAGUGAUCAGCCUAAGAGGAUAUGGAAACAGCAAAACGAAAAUGCUACAAGCGAUCUCGGCACAAACAGUUCUUACAUCAAUCUCAAGAGUAUUUACUGUAUAGUUCGGAUUCUUCUAACGAUGAUGGGAUUGGAAGCAGUAGAAAUUUCAAGAAAAUUUGUGAUUCCUCUGAACGAUUAUUGCAUCAACGAUCCCCGGAAUCCGUUCUUUUCGAAUCGCAACCACUCGAUUUAUCAUGCUACGUCGAACUCAGCCCGGAAAUUUUACCCAGUCUCCGACGAAGAAAAUUAGAUUUAAAUGGAUCGGAGAAAUUCGAUAAGAAAGAAAUUAUUGAGAAUGACAAUGAGUUAGAAAUUUCCGAAACGACGCAAGUAAAUAAUAAAUUAUCGCAGCAAAACAGCGAUGUAAACUGUUUUCCGUUAGACAAAACGUUGUCAAUAAAUGACGAAAUUAAAUCAGACAUGAACGCUUGUCAAUCUAUGCAAAAGAUCGAAUCUUUCUCAACGAUUGAGCAUAGUGUUUGUAAUUGCGAUACCAAUCUCCGAUCCUCGAAAUCUGUUUAUGAUAUGCCUUGCAAUUACGUUUCAGAGCCACUGCAAAAUACUAAUUUUAAUUCAGAACUGAUACCACGGAAUCAUGAGUGUCAUAAUUUUUCGAACAACUCUCAAACGACAAUUUUUUUUUGCGAAUCCGACGGCAUCAGACAGGGCGGGCGUACUAGAUUCGAAAUAGUUAACGAGAAAAAUUUACGAGAUUCAACCGAAAGUAGAUCUGCUAGCAACUGGGACGAGUGUAAACGAAUUCUUUCGAAUUUACGACAAUUAAACAGUUUCAAAGUGCGAACCGCCAAUCACGAGUUCACUGCAAAUACGUUACCAAGAAAUAAAAAAUUUGAGGAAACCAGCUGGUUCUCGUGUAACACGUCUUCGGUUACUUCGGAGGACAAUUCAAACGAACGCGUUGCUAAACGCCCGCGCCCUUUCAAUGAAACUGACAAGAUCGAUGAUAAAAUCGACGAUGAUAAAAGUUACGGACAAGAAAGAAAUAAAACGACGAGAAUCAGGGCUCGUUCGACAACCCCUUGCAGUGGAUCACCGCCGCCUGCAAAGAGAUGUCGGACCACGCUGAAAUUCGAUGAUGACGAAGAAGUGGAGAGACCGCAGGAACCACCUGCUUCUGUUGCGGUUAUUCACUUGUUGCCAGUGGAAAAAAAUAACGAUCGAAGUUACGCUUGUCCAAAUGCGAAGAUCAGCAAAGCACGUUGGAGCGGUGUUAGCACGGAAUCACCGACCACUUCGAUAUUGGACCUUCCGCUCGUAUCAGACUCCGGCGGCUGUAGCAGAUGCCUUAAUGAACUCGAACAGAUUAGCGAAUACCGGGUCAAAUGCGUGUGCUUCCAGCAAGAACAGAAACCGGCAAUUAAAUUUGUUAAGAAACCUAUAACAAGGAUCGUUCUGUUCUGUGUAUGGCUGAUAAAAAGAAUGGCAAUCUUAUUAAAGAAAAGUUACGGAAGUUUCAAACAAGUUGUUUCGACGUCCUCGUCUAAGAGGAAGCAGAUAGAAGAACUGAGUCGAAUGGUAACGAUGUUACGCUCGGAGAACGAGCAGAUGAUUAACAUGUUUUUGGAAAAAAUUACACGUUUGUCCGACGAAGUUAUCCAGGUACGUGCGAGUAACGUAACCGCUCUCGGUUCUUUGACCGCAGAGGUCAAUAGUAUGCAGGAGGUUAGUAAGAAGCUCGUCGGAAACAACGACACGCUGAUGCAAGAGCUGAGAAAGCUGCACGAGGUUUUAGAGAACGUAAAGCCAAAUUCCCCGAAGAAACUGCCGUCUCUUCCACCCCCAAUGCCAUCGGUUUCAAUGAUGACCAUCCCAUCAGUUAUUGUUCCUCCGCCGGCUACUGCUCCUCCUCCUCCACCGCCACCUCCUCCACCGCCUCCACCUCCUCCUCCUCCGCCACUUCCACCACUUCAAUUACUUCAGUCGCCGGCCAACUUAAUUACCCCAACUACCCCAAAUAACGGAAGAACCAUCAGGUCACCCGCAAGGAAGUGCUCGACACCGCUGCUUAAUAGACCGAGUAUAACCGUGGAGGAUUUGCUGAAAGUAACACUAAAGAAAGCACCGCAGAACAUUAAGGAGAACAGGCGAAAUACUAUACCAGGACCAAAAGGACCCGUAGUCUCUUUAGACAUGUUACGUAGUGUCAAAUUAAAAUCUGCCAGGCGCAGAACGGCUGAUCAGAUCGCAAGAUCUCCGAGAGGCACUCGGAUGAUCAAGACACGUACAGUAUCGAGUCUCAGCUUGUCACCGAUUACAGAUAACUCGCUGGGUAGAAUUCUGAAACAGGUCGAUCUUAAUAGACGGCCGAGACGUCUGAUGUCCAACCCAUCGAGCUACGAUAUUAACGGGGAAGAUAAACAGUCGCCGAGUACACAGAGGAAAGAUAGUGAAUCGUAACCCGCGAUUGCGUAAGUACACAGUACACAAUCGUUGAUAAUCGCGGAUUAGGGAAAGUUCAUUUUAUCAGUCCGAAAGAUGUGUAUAUGUAUAUCGUUUUAACGUGUUAAGUUAUAUUAUUUAUCAAUACGCUCAGAUUCGGUCGCAUAGUAAAUACAAGAUAAUAAAAUCUCUUUUUCGAUUAUGGAUACGAAGUGUGGCGAAUACUUUUCACAGAAUUUUAGUAGAGUACGCGCAGAUUGAAUUUCAUAUCUUAUUUUAAUUGUUGACUUGAAAAAAUCCGCAUUACGAUUCGGUGGAAAACAUUGUCACAUUUAGUUUGGGAGUUUUAGAUAACUCGGAUUUACGAUAAGAGAAACAUUUUACACACAUAUUCAAUUAUGUUAACUGAGAAUAACGCAUUGUAAUAAGUAACAAUCGCAAAUAAAGGAUUCUUCGAUUA